AUGGUGGUGUUUCGCGUAUCAGCAGCUGCGACGCUCGCUGCUCGGUCAGUCGCAGUCGCUGCUGCGGCGCUCCAGUCAAAAACCAGUUCUCCUGAACCGACUAUCCGGGAAGCACUCUCUGGCAUAUUUGGCAGCGUCAGCUUAACAGCAUGGAUAUGUCUAUUGCUACCCCAACUGAUCCAGAACUACAAGAGCCAAAGCGCGGAUGGCCUAUCGAUGGCAUUCCUCUUUGUCUGGCUUCUUGGCGAUGUCACCAACUUAUCAGGCGCCCUCUGGACCGGCCUCGCACCAACAGCCGUUGCCCUUGCCUUCUACUUCUGCAUUGCCGACAUCGUCUUGAUCACCCAGUGCCUCUACUACAACACAAAGUCCGCUCGUCGUGAUCGGCUUCUUCGCCAGGGCCGCACACGGCGUCGGAGCUCGUCUACGGCCGUAGCGGGCCAAAGUGGUGACGACAACGUGAGCGAGGAGGUGAUUCCCGAGGAGGGCGAGGAGGGCGAGGACGAUAGUCCGCUUCUGGCCCGCCGCCGUAGCUCCAGCAUCGGCCUGCCUGGCUCACACCGCCGUUACUCGACCCGCCGGUCCGAGUCCAGCCUGGAUCCCCUGCGCCGCAUCAUUACCGGCGAAGAUGAGACCCCCGACAGCAACCCGUGGCUGCAUAACACGUUGAGCCUGGUGGCUGUGUGGAUUGUGGGCGCGCUGGGCUACUUUGUGUCGUACCGCAUGGGCGCAUGGGAUGCAACAGACCCUGUGGGUGGUGGCGGCGGCGAUGCUGCCAACCCGGCGCCGUCCAAGGAAGACGACGUGUACGCCAAGAUCGGCCUGGCGCUUGGCUACUGUAGCGCCGUGUUUUACCUGUGCGCUCGCAUCCCGCAGAUCUUGAAGAACUACCGCGAGAAGUCCUGUGAAGGAAACUUCACCUACGGAGCCAGCUUGGUGGCCUACUCCCAAGACGGCAAGUACCUCCUCAACGCGCUGCCGUGGCUUCUGGGCUCGCUCGGUACCAUUGUCGAGGACCUCAUAAUAUUCUUCCAGUUCCGCCUCUAUUCGCCGAAACGCAACACCAUCAAGCCCGCCGCUGGCUCGUCUGUCAACGGCUCGGCAACAUCUUACGGCACGGUUUAG